GCCGAUGAUACCCUGCAUAUCAAACAUCUUUUUACGCCUCUAGUUAUCGAGAUAUGACAUUAUCAAGUUGUUGCUGAUGAAGCAGUACAAACAUCAUCAAUGCCAUCAUAUACUCCUAUUUUCUUUGAGAGGUUGGUCGAGUCUUCGCGAACCGGUGCCGAGACAGCCUAAGCCUUUCGCGCUGGUGCAAAUUGUCUUCCUCCGAUCCGUUCCCGACCUCCUCCCCAUGCCAGUGGGUUUCUUUUUCUCUUCCUCACACCAUCCGUUGGCCCUCGUUCUCACCCUCCUCGUGACCUUUUGUUCAUCAUGGACCAUUGCUGCUGACCAAUAUCAACUGGAGAGUUAUAUCUGCUGUGACAGUCGUAGCUACCAUGGCUGUGUGAUACUUUUAUUUUUUCUUUCGACCUUGCAGCGCCUUUCGUAUUCGCUGCGCGCCACAGCUUUCGAGGCACCCGAGAAUUUGUAUCUGUUAACACCGGCGCUUUCAGAAUGCUUCCCCCAGUUCCUCGACCUACAGACUACGGGGUUUCCCCCGACCGAGGCUUCCUCCCUGCCGAGAAUCCCACACAAUGCCUCUCACAUCCUGUCUACGACCGUUGGGAGCGGAUCAUGAACAACUUCCAGUCCCUUCUCCUAUCCAAAAGACUCCGGACUGUCAUUGACAGACUACCCAUCAUACCUGCGGUCCAUCUUGAGACCGAAGCCGAGUGGCGCAGAGCAUACAGUAUCCUCACAUUCAUGGCGCAUGGCUACAUCUGGGGCGGCGAUAAACCAUCAGAACGACUUCCACCUUCCAUAACAUACCCGCUUCUCCAGGUGUCAGACCACCUCGAGUUGCCUCCAGUCGCUACAUACGCUAGCGUGUGCUUGUGGAAUUUUAAACCCAUCUUUCUUUCCGAAGCCCUCGACCUCGACAACCUCUCCACACUAACCACAUUUACGGGCUCGCUAGAUGAGCAAUGGUUCUAUUUGGUCAGUGUGGCCAUGGAAGCAAAAGGCGGACCGUCCAUACCAAUCAUGUUAAAGGCCAUUCAAGCCGCAAGAGACGAUGAUUGCGCCACUGUUACAAAGAGUCUACAAUCCUUUGCUCAGACAUUAGACGAGCUGGGCACUCUGUUGGUCAGGAUGUAUGAGAAUUGCGAUCCGCACGUCUUUUAUCAUCGCAUCAGACCCUUCCUCGCGGGUAGCAAGAAUAUGAAAGAUGCAGGCUUACCUCAAGGUGUUUUCUAUGAUGACGGCAGCCGCCGAGCAACUUGGCGUCAGUACGGCGGUGGCUCCAAUGCCCAGAGCAGUAUGAUACAAUUCUUCGACAUUGUUCUGGGUGUCGAGCAUAGGCCGACAGGUUCCAAAAAGGACGAAACGACGUCAGAGUCGGAACUCGAGCAAGGAGCAGCACCACGGCCUCGACAUAACUUUAUUCAUGAGAUGAGGCAAUACAUGCCUGGCCCUCACAGAAGGUUCCUCCAAGCUGUGGAAGGAGUAGCCAACAUUCGAGAUUACGUUGAGAACAACAGAUCUCGUACAGAGUUGUGCAUUGCGUAUGACGCAUGUUUGGCCAUGCUCAGAACUCUACGUGACAAACACAUUCAGAUGGUGUCCAGAUACAUUAUUGUGAAAAGCAGAGAGUCUCGAAGUCUCAGCAGGACGCGACGAGAAAGCAGUUCUGAUCACGUUCCAAUGGCGAAAGGAAUUGCGUCAGUCCGCUACGAUCAGCCUCACACAGCCGACCAGCCCCAGAGAAAGAAGAAGAUGCGCGGCACAGGAGGGACCGCACUCAUUCCCUUUUUGAAACAGGCUCGGGACGAAACUGGUGAACCAGCAAUUGAUGAUUGGGCCAGAAAACUGCUCACUGGUGGCCGGCGUACUGCAGCAGAUGCGGAAAUAGCAUUUGAGAGCAGACUGACAGCUGCUGACCUCGACGCUGAUGAGCCUCAGAUCGUUGGCCUCGCUGGAGCUUGGAGUAUGGAAGACGCUGGGGGUGGUCUCUGUGCAUACUAGACUUGAGAGGUUUAACAGUACAGCAUUACAUUUCGUGGCCACGAAUGGGAGACGGUUUUCUGUUUGGAAAAGUUCAGCGAUGCAUAAAGAUACUUAUGAAUUCACCUCAGACUCAGUUGGAAAAUGACCAAGAGAAUAUGAUAUGACCAGAUUUUAAUGAUUACUAUGAUGGCUUUCACUCCACUUAUGAGUGCCACUCUUUA